CGAAUUGAGUCUGAGGAUUCUGAUGAAGGAUGUCUGAGGUCUGAUUCUGUGGUGUCUGUGGCUCUGACGUGUCUAGAGACAGAAGAGACUAGACAGGAGCCUGCGUGGGGGUUACAGGUCACACUUGGGAGUGGGUCGUGCUCCACUCUAUCCUGGGUCUGGAAGCAGGGGGCCAGGUCACCAUGGCACCCUGGAAGGUGGUCGUGGUAACUCUGUUCUACUGCGUGAUGGACGCGUGCACGGCUCAGCGGAGGAACAAAGCUCUCUUUCCGUCUGCGGUCCGAGUGAAGAGAGGGAUGGCAUCGAUGGUGAACCCAACCUUCCACAACUCCAUACAAGACGUCAACCUACUCUUUGAAAUCCUGCUGGCAGGCCUGCAGUUCGGGGGGGAGGCGGGCCCCUUUUCCCUGCCGGACGCCGAACUGGCCUCCCUGCGCCAGACCAGGAAGCUGGAGGUCAUCUGUGAGGACGUGAUCCCCAGGAAGCUGACCGAGGUGCGACGCCUGACCUCUGACCUCAGCAGUCACCUGGGCCACCUGAGACCAGAGGACUUCGAGCGCACAGUGCUGACCAUGGUGUACACUGCCCAACGAAUCUCCAAUUCCACCUCCGGCCACCAGAGGGAGGUGUGGGCAGAGUCUUUUGUCAGUUUGUUCCAAGCCAUCAAACAAGACCUCACUCCAGAAUAAGAACCUCUUGCCGGGGACCUGCAAACCACCGAAAUGACAGUUUGUCUGUGGAGGUGUUUGGCAUGUGGUUCUGGUGGACUCCUAGCCUAUGCCAGGGAAGAUUAGUCGGACUUGACUUCAGACUGUACAUCUGCCUUUUUGUGUGAGAUUUUGUACAUGACUAUGAUUUUUUUUUUUUAUCUGGACUUCCUGGUUUGAAUUUUAAAUGAUGUGUACAGAUUGUAGCAGUUGUAACCAGGAAAAACACUGUGGAGAUUUUUGGACAGGGCCGUUUUAACUAUACAGCCACCUUGAAUGAAACAAACAAUAUUAGUGCCAGGUAAACAUAUUACAGAUUCUAAUUGUUGAGCAGUUUAGUAUUGCUAUUGAUCUGCAUUUAUUUACAUUUAAUUUCCAUUUAUAUUGAUUAUUAGCACCAUGGCAAUGUUGUUUGACUUCAACAGGCACAUAUUGUGAACAUGUUCUUUGCAAACUUGAAAAUGUAUAUAUAAAGGAAUCAAUAUGUUUACAGUCUGUUAAUGUUUAAGAAAUAUAUCUCCUUUAAAAAACACAUUUCAGUAAAAUUCCUGUACAGUUUUU